UUAAGAUCGCCGGUCGGUUGGAGUUCAGCGCUUGAAACGCGUUCUGACGCGUCAGUGUGAAACCUUUGUCACUAGAUGGCGCCACAGGACAGUCAGACAGGCUGACCAAAGACAUUUAUCCACGGACCAAAGUGAAGUACGAAGAGGAACUUUGUGCAACAAACAAAAGAGGAGAACGACCGGACGCUGUUUUGAAGAAUCCUCGAGUUGUGUUACGCAGAACGCCAGUGGAAAAAAAAUCUUCGCCGUGAGCAGCAGGCGACAAGAGUUUGAGAGGACGAAGAGCCCCGUCCCGUCGAAAUGGAGGAGCAGCUGCUCUGCGUCAAAGAGGAGGAAGACGUCACGGAGUUGCCGGUGACCGGCGUCCUUCUGAAGAGCGAAGACGAGGGUCAGUAUGAGGAGGACGGAUGGGCGGAGCCUCCGGGCAGCAGCUCCAAUCAGCACAUGAAGAAGGAAGCUGACGGAGACGGCUGCGGCCUCCUCGCUCCAAUAUCAGAUAGUGACGGCUUAACUUCACACUCGUCUGAUCACAACGACGACGACGACGACGAUGAUGAAAAACUGUCACACCAAACUGGCAAAAAACGCUGGAAAUGUUCUCAGUGCAAGAAAAGCUUUUCCUCCAAGUCUGCUUUGAAAAAUCACGAGAGCGUCCACACCGGGGAGAAACCUUUUCCAUGCUUGGUCUGUGGGAAAAAAUUCUCUCAGAAAGUGAACUUGAAAAUACACAUGAGGACCCACACCGGCGAGAAACCCUUCGUCUGCUCGUUUUGCGAGCAGAGGUUCUCUCAGAAGGUGAACUUGAAAAUACACAUAAGAACGCACACCGGAGAGAAACCGUUCGCGUGUUUGGUUUGCGGCCAAGCGUUCACUCUCAAGGCAAAGUUAGCAAGGCACACAAGGACGCACACGGGCGAGAAACCUUUUGCCUGUUCGGUGUGCGGCCACAGAUUCCCUAGGAAGGAAUACUUAAAAAUACACAUUAGAACACACACGGGCGAGAAACCUUUCGCCUGCACAGUUUGCGGCCACAGGUUCUUUCAGAAGGUGGACUUAAAAACGCACACGAGGACACACACCGGCGAGAAACCUUUUGGAUGUUCAGUUUGCGGCAAACGUUUUUCUCAGAAGGUGCAAUUGAGAAGACACACAAGAAAGCAUACGGGAGAGAAACCUUUCGCCUGCCCGGUGUGUGGCCAACGGUUGUCUUCAAGACAGUGCUUGAGAAAUCAUGCGCGGAAGCACACGGGAGAAAACUCCUUUACGUGCUCAGUUUGUGAGCAAAGAUUCUCUCGUAACGAUCAGCUUCAGGGCCACGAGUGUCCUGGGAAGACGAACACUGACCAGUGAAGCUUUGCAUGGACAUUGCAUGCACGCUUGGGAAUGAAGCGAAUUACUCUGACAGCAAUUUGAAACAUUCUACACUCCUCUAUUCUUGCCUACAUUGAACACGGGUUGAGUAUUAACACUCAUGCUUAAUAAAAUGUUUCGGGUUGGUCCAAUAUUUUUGCAAAGUCCGUGUCAAGUAAACGAAUGAGCCUUUGACUCGUUGUGUUAAGAUGGAAAACUGUGGUAGUUCUUCAAUUAACUUGAUAUAUCAAAUCAAAAUGUUCCCAAAUGAAAUGCAAUUAAAAAUUCAAUCCCCCAAAUAUAGUGUAAAGCUCUUUUAUUGACAUGUAUGCAAAUGUUUUAAUAUGUCAACAGCACAAUGCCGUUUAUUUUUUUUUUUCCAGUCAGGUGUUCCGACACAAGAUCAGCAUCGAAUCAGCGACACAGGAAGAACUUUCAAAAUCUUACUCCUGAAGAAUUUUAGAGCAAUUUUGGUAUAUGUGUUCCCCCCCCAAAAAUUGAACCCUACCCCCAAAAAUGUAUAUUAAUGUUCCCCAAGUUGCACCCAUUUAACAUUUGAAAUGUCACCAAAAACAGUGCUCUUGUCGAUUUAUAAUAAAAUACAAGCUUUUGAAAUGUUUUAUUUACAUUUUUCAUUAUUGCUGUUGCUAUUAUUAUUAUCCCCAUUUGUUAUUGCUAUAUAAUUUAUUAUUACAUAUUAUUGGUUGAUCAACACGUUAUUUAUUCCAUUUAACGUGAGAACAUUCAAUUCUUCUUCCUGCCACCAGAUGUCACCAGUAUGUAUUUGUGACGAAAACAAUUGAUACGUUUUGCAUCAGUGGUGCCAUAGUCGCAAAUUUAAGUUAUAUACAAAUAUAGAUAUAUUGAAAGAACAAAUAUAAGGACUAAACAGUGCAAGUCAUGCCAUAAUUAUUUCACAUACUGUAGAUCAUGAGUUUUAUGUCGAAUUUAC